AUGUUCGUCAAAGUCGCUGCUCUGUUCGCUCUUGCUACCCUUGCUGCCGCCACCCCCACUGGGAACCCCCCACCACCAGUCACGCCCCCGAGCUCGCCCCAGUGCUGCUCGAGCGUCCAGUCCUCUUCCAGCAGCGCUGUCUCCGCUGUCGCUGCCCUCCUCGGCCUCGACCUUAGCGGUAUCAACGUCCCCAUCGGUCUUGGCUGCUCGCCCAUCACCGUCGUCGGAAACAACUGGCAAGUUUUCUCUGCUACUAGUAUUGUUAUUGCGUUGGUGCUAAUGAGCCAUUAG